GUAAUUUAUUUCACAAUGUCUCUCGCAACAAAAGGAAUAUUUAUUGUAGCUGCAAAACGUACUCCAUUUGGUACAUUUGGUGGUAAAUUUACAAAUAAAAGUGCAACUGAUUUAUCAGUUAUUGCUGCUAAAUCUGCUUUGCAAUCUGCAAAAUUAAAUCCUAAAAAAAUAGAUAAUGUUAUUUUUGGACAUGUAUUACCAAUAUCAUCAAGUGAUGGAGUUUUUUUAGCACGUCAUGUUGCAUUAAAAUCUGAUAUACCAUUAGAAAAACCAUCAUUUUCAUUAAAUAGAUUAUGUGGUUCUGGAUUUCAAUCAAUUGUCAGUGGUACACAGAGUAUUUUAUUAGGAGAAUCUAAGAUAGUUUUAACAGGAGGAGUAGAAAACAUGAGUCAAGUUCCAUUUGCUGUAAGAAAUAUUCGUUUUGGUACAAAUUUAGCACAAAAAUAUCACUUUGAGGAUGUUUUAUGGCUUGGAUUAUCAGAUACUUAUUGCAAUUUAGCUAUGGGUGAAACUGCAGAAAAACUUGGAUCACAAUAUAAUUUAAAAAGACAAGAAGUAGAUGAAUUUGCUUUAAGAAGUCAGCAAUUAUGGAAAGCUGCUAAUGAUGCUGGUCGUUUUAAUGAGGAGAUUGUACCUGUUACAAUAACUGUAAAAAAGCAAGAUAUUAUUGUAAAUACAGAUGAACAUCCACGGCCUCAAACAAGUCUUCAAAAUUUAGCUAAAUUACCUUCUAUUUUUAAAAAAGAUGGUUUAGUUACAGCAGGAUCUUCAUCUGGUAUUUCUGAUGGUGCAGGAGUUAUUAUCUUAGCGAGCGAAGAAGCUAUUAAAACAGAACAACUUACACCACUGGCACGUUUGGUGGGAUAUAGUGUUGUAGGUGUAGAACCUAGUAUUAUGGGAAUUGGUCCAGUUUCAGCUAUACAAAAACUUCUUAAAGUUACAAAUAAAAGUUUGAAUGAUAUUGAACUUAUUGAGAUUAAUGAAGCAUUUGGAGCUCAAACAUUGGCAUGUGCCAGAGAUUUGAAAUUGGAUAUUAAUAAGUUAAACGUGGAUGGUGGAGCUAUUGCUGUUGGACAUCCAUUGGGUGCAUCUGGUAGUAGAAUUACUGCACAUUUAGUACAUGAAUUAAGAAGAAGAAAAACUGGAAGCUUAGGAAUUGGUUCUGCUUGCAUUGGUGGAGGUCAAGGAAUAGCUUAAUGAUAGAAGCACUUUAAUCAUUGAUAUAUAUAUAUAUAUAUAUAUAUUUGUCUAUUUUUAUUAUUAAUAUAUACAAUAUAUAUUUUAAAGAUAUUGAAAAAUUUCUAUUUUUAUAUUAUGAUAUAUUACAUAUUAAAUACUUAUAAAAUUUUUUUAUACUUAUUGAAUG